GACACAAAAACCUCCGCCUGCAAUUGAAAUCAGAGCUCACACUUUCUUCCUCUCCUUCUUCUUCUUCUUCUUCCAUGGCUCCUCCUCUCUCUUCUAUUUCCCGCCCCUUUUCUUCCCCAAUUACGAACCCUAAUAUCAAUUUCACACACAGAUACACUCUUCCAUUACGCACACAAACUCUACGUUUCACUUCAAAUUCUUCGUCUUCAUCGUCGCCUCCACAGCCGCCACCGCCGGAUCCCAUUCCCGAGAAGAAGUCCUUCGCUGUAGCCACCGGGGACCUCUUAUUGGGGCUGGCGGCGAGGUUGAUUAGUCGUUCCUCCAAAAAAAGUUCGAAUGGGGUUGCUAUGUUUGAGAAUCGCAGUGGAACCAAGAGCGAGUACGAGGAGAGAAUUGGAGCGGUGGUUGAGGAUGAGAUUCAGCCUGAUGUAGUGUGGGAGCAGCGGAUUAAGGAUGUUAAGGCUGAGCGAGAGCGGCGAGUCGUUACCAGUCCAGGGUUUAGCUUCUCUGCCGCUGGUUUGUUGUUUCCAUAUCAUCUUGGAGUUGCGAAAUUUCUCAUUGAACAUAGCUAUAUCAAGGAAACGACUCCAUUAGCUGGAGCUUCAGCUGGUGCCAUUGUCUGUGCCGUUAUUGCCUCUGGAGCCAGUAUGAAGGAGGCUUUAGAAGCUACUAAACUUCUGGCCGAAGACUGCAGGAGUAGAGGGACUGCAUUUCGCCUUGGGGCUGUACUCAGGGAAGUUCUUGAAAAGUUUCUUCCAGAUGAUGUACAUAUUAGGUGCAAUGGAAGGGUCCGUGUUGCUGUUACUCAAGUUUUUUGGAGGCCGAGAGGCUUGUUGGUGGAUCAGUUUGAUUCAAAAGAUGAUCUCAUCAAUGCAGUUUUCACUUCUUCCUUUAUUCCAGGAUACCUAGCACCAAGACCCGUCACCGUCUUUCGGAAUAGACUAUGCAUUGAUGGUGGUCUAACAUUGUUCAUGCCACCUACUUCUGCCUCACAAACGGUGCGUGUAUGUGCUUUCCCCGCUACCCGAUUGGGCUUUGAAGGGAUUGGGAUCAGUCCAGACUGCAACCCUGAAAACAGAGCUGGGCCAAGAGAGCUUUUCAACUGGGCUCUUGAACCAGCAGAAGAUUACAUUCUAGACCAUCUCUUUGACCUCGGAUAUCAAGAUGCAGCUGUUUGGGCCAAGGAUAAUCCUGUUGAAAAGCUGGUGGAAGACGAAAGGCUCGGUUGAGGACACGGUUGUAACUAGCUGAAGCAUAAAAUUAUGAUGGCGAAUCAAUCUAAAUGGAAGAUGUUGCAGGCUUGGUGGUAAGUGCAUGCCUUAAACCCAAAACUUUUUGGAUUGCUGCUGAUCUUACUGCCUCAAAAUGGUUAGAUACACAUAUAUGAAUCCCUUUAACAGAAUAGAACAAAAGCCUUCAUUCAUGAAUGUGAAGAUAAAAAUAAUUAUACAGGUAGAUAUCAAAAGUCCUGAGUUUAUGAUGGCCAAGUACAACAUUCUCAGGAUUUACAUGUGCAUUUUGCUGCUAUUUUAUUACAUUCUCAGUACAAGAACAACAUUCUUGUAUUUUGUUUUCUUCAUACAGUACAUAUAUAUAUAUAUAUAUCAUUUAUUUU